AUGACGUCAUGCGCUAGUGUGAUCAUGUCACAUGCGUUGAAGGCGAAUAUGAUAAUUUCUCCGGUCACCAUUUUCCAAGGAGACACGGUAACAGUUGACUGUAUGUUUGGUGAACUCGGCAGCGUUUCCUGGUAUUUGAAUGCUAAUAAAAUUUCAGACGGUCCAAAAUAUAACACGUCCUCCACUAAGCAAGGCGCGAUCGUGCUAUAUACACUGAAGAUAAGGAGUGUAGCUGAUGCUGAUAAAGGGAAUUACACCUGCUCUCUGAACAGUAGUGGAACACUGAAAAGUCAAAGCAAAGUCCUUGGUAGUAUUAAAACGCUCCAGAUCAGCCAAUCAAAUGAUGUGGACUCAUUCUGUGAUGGCCCACCGUUUACCCUGACAUGCUGUAGUGCUGAUAUUGGGGAAUUUAACGUCUCAUGGAACACAAGCGGACUCGCGGCGAAUAUCACAGUGCAGUCACCCGUGGAACUUUCACGAAGACAAAAUCUCAAUGUGACCUGCCACAUAGAUAUCGAAGUUGCCAAUAUUAAAUGGGCAAAAGACACCGACAUUGUGGCUUCUGGGAAAUAUUUACUGAAAGACAGAGUGCCCUCUUCCUGGGCUGGCACCUACUUUUGUAUCGCCUACCAAGGCAGCCUAAGUACAAAUGCCAGUCUCACUGUGAUUGUUAUACCUUUGCCCUCCAAGGAAGAAAUAACAGUUCACCCUCUACAAACGUACCUAAAAACAUGUGAAAACACAGCACUGGUACCAUUAACUUGCUGUGUAAAUGGCUCUGGCUACACUCGAAAUUUCACACAUGGCUCUCCACUGAUACCUGUUGCAAAUCCAAAUUGUUCUUCCACCAGCGUAACCUUUAACUGUAAUACUAAAACACCGGCCAGUGUCUCUUGUAUGAUAUUCAACAGGCGGGGUGACUUUGCCACUAGUGAUGCCAUGACCAUCAGCUAUGAACCAGGACCAGGGGAAAACUGCAAGGCCCAAAAGGAACUUCCUGAAACACCCAGCGGUAAGACAUACGCCGUGCCAUGUCAGACCAGGGACACAGCCAAGCUGGGCACCUUAACUUACACUUGCAGAGAUGGGAGCUGGUCAGAGCCGGUAGAUGAGUGCUAUUCCACAAAGGUUUUCCAGGAGCUGCUGAAUGUUCAGGACGUGCUCAAUGGCACAGCAGUACAGGUACAGCAGUCCUUGUCGGAAUUACUCAGUAAUAUCAGCAUUACCGCCACCAGUGAGAAAGAAACUAUUCAGAACUCUUCGAAGACGUUGGAGUUGAUGGUGACGAUCAUUUCUUCAGUGGGAAACACGAAUGUUACAGUUGACAAAACAAUGAUGAAGUUCUUUAUGGAAACAGUUGAUGUUGUGGUGGACAAACCCAGCGCUUGGGAGAAAGUAAGUAACCAAAGUGCGACCAUUCUGAAUUCUGUAGAGACUUUUGCGAAAAAUCUGAACUUCACUGACACGAUCAGCAUAAAAAACGAAUCUGCCAACAAAAACAUUCAGCUUUUUGGACAAAUCAUGAGCAAAGCCACUGACUACAAUGGGGCUUUUUCCUUUCAAAACGUAACUGGCAGUGUGUUCAUCGAUAAGAACAAGUGGCCAGGGAUCUCCAGCUCAGUCAUCACCAUCGCUUACAGUACGAUGAAGGACAUUUUGCCGAAGGACUCAAAAAAGGUUGUCAACGGUCUGGUUAUGUCAACAAUCCUUGGAAAUUCCUCCAUAAUAGAUGGCAAAACACUUACUAUAAGUAUGUCCUUUAAAAAGAGUAAUGCGUCAUUAGUGGCACCAGACUGUGUCUGGUUUGACUUGGAGAAGAACAUCUGGAACAAUAGCGGUUGUGAACCCUCAGAUGAAAAUGGUACAAUAACAUGCUCAUGUAACCACUUGACUUCUUUCUCAGUUCUUAUGGGAGAUCCAGAUCCAGCUGGCUUUGUGGAACUGAUUACUUACAUCGGAGUCGGGAUAUCUCUUGCUUGCUUGGUGAUCACUCUACUCAUCGAGGCCUUAGUGUGGACAUCCGUUAUCAAAAACAAGACCUCCUACGUACGUCACGUCUGCCUGGUAAAUAUUGCCGUUACACUGCUGGUGGCCGAUAUCUGGUUUAUCAUUGGUGCAGCACUAGAGAAGACUAAAGAUAAAUCUGCCUGCAAAGCCGCGGCCUUCUUCAGCUUUUUCUUCUACUUGUCUUUGUUCUUCUGGAUGCUGACCACGGGACUCAUUCUUUUUUAUCGCCUGAUCUAUAUCUUGCAUGACAUGAGUAGGAAGACCAUGAUGAUCAUAGCUUUCCUCCUGGGCUACGGAUGUCCUCUCUUGAUAACCAUUAUCACAGUGGCUUCAACUGAACCCAGAAAAAGAUUUAUCAGCGACAAAUUCUGCUGGCUUGACUACGGUAAUGACAGACCGUUCCUGGCCUUCGUGGUGCCAGCUUUAACCAUUGUGUUCAUCAAUAUGUUGAUCUUGCUGGUGGUCAUCUUUAAGUUGAUGAGGCCUACUGUUGGAGAAAAGCCGGGGAGAGAGGAAAGACAAGUUUUAAUUGUGAUUGCUAAAACUAUGGCAGUCCUCACUCCUCUUCUGGGAACCACCUGGGGAUUCGGCCUCGGAGUGGUAGCUGAUCCUACAAAUAAGGUUUUCAAUGCAAUAUUCUCAGCACUCAACUCUUUUCAGGGUUUGUUUAUUUUGGUAUCAACUGUGCUGCUGGACCAGAAGGUGCGGACAGCGGUAAGAAGCAGCAUCUCAUCGUCCUACUUGAGAACACUCAGGUCCAGGGUACAGGACUUUGUGAAGCCAUCCGUGCUCAGGGACAAUCCAUACAACUUCAUUGUAGUUUUAUUUAACUACGAGGGGAAUUCAUUGUUUAAAUCUGACAUCAUCUACGGAUUCCUCAGGACCAUCAAGGCCAAGAUCAAAGCCAGGCAAAAAACCCUUCAGGAAGAUGAGUUUUGGCAAGCGAGCCGCCUACAAUGUGUUCACAGCUCAGGAUUCCACCGAGACGUCAGGAAAUUCAUUCUCGCAGCUCACAUAGGAAACGCCAUGCGCUGUGCGGUGUGA